AUGGCCAGAAUUCCCCGCAACUUCCGCCUGCUAGAGGAGUUAGAGAAAGGAGAGAAGGGCAUAGGCGAUGGCAGUUGCUCGUAUGGUCUUAUGGACGGCGACGAUAUAAUGAUGAGCAACUGGAAUGGAACAAUUCUUGGCCCUGGACAUACUGUCCACGAGAACCGCAUCUACAGUCUAAAGAUCCAUUGUGGCGACGACUACCCCGACAAGCCACCCAACAUUCAUUUCAUCUCCCGUGUCAACCUCCCUUUCGUAUCUCAGACCGAUGGCAAGAUUGAUCCUAUGAGGCUCAGUGUGCUCUCUCAGUGGGGGCGGGAUAGUAGUAUUGAGACGGUCCUUGUCGGUAUCAGGAGGGAGAUGGCAACAGCCAACAAUCGGAAGCUUCUUCAGCCUCCAGAGGGGACCACCUUCUAG